GUGUUACGUACCACUAUAAUGAGAAGAGACGUGACUCUCAGAGGCAAACCUCAUGGUGACGUCACUCGCUCGGCAACUAGAUAAAUAUGGAGACCCGUACAGUUCACUGGAUCAAACCGAAACUUCCCUUCACCGAGUGACCACGCGAAGGAAAGGAUAGAUCACAAGUGGAUUGUCUAAUUCAGGAUUUUGGAAUACCACAGACGCACAUCAAAUACCAAAAAAAUCAUGACUUUGAACAAAGGUGACAAAUUGCGGAACAUGGACAAAAGGAGAGGGAGCAUGCCGUUUCCUAUGCACCUGCAGAACCUUCACAGAAGGAGCAUGCCAGUGGACGACCGCGAGAUGCGCAAGGUGCAAACUGGAGAGCUGUCCAACCUCAUGCGCUGCACGUCCUACACCCCCGGUGAGCCUCACCGAGACAGCUGUGUAUCAGACUCGUCCGAUUCCGUUAUCUCCUCCGGCAGCGACUCCGAGGGACAUGUGUACAAGGUGGUUCUCCUCGGCGAGCAGGGUGUCGGCAAGUCUAGCCUGGCACGUAUUUUCGGUGGAGUCGAGGAUGGUCACGACUGCGACGAGGCAGGAAACACAUAUGACCGAUCGAUCGAGGUGGACGAGGAGGAGGCGUCCAUCUUGUUGUACGACAUUUGGGAACAGGAUAACAGUCAGUGGCUGAAGGAACAGUGCAUGAGGAUAGGUGACGCCUACAUCAUCGUCUACUCAGUGACAGACAAGUCCAGCUUUGAGAAGGCGUCAGAGCUACGCAUCCAGCUACGCAGAGCUCGCCAGUCUGAAAACAUUCCCAUCAUCCUUGUGGGUAAUAAGAGCGACCUGGUGCGGUCCAGAGAAGUCUCUGUGGAUGAGGGCAGUGCCUGCGCUGUGGUGUUUGACUGCAAGUUCAUCGAGACCUCAGCCAAUCUCCACCACAACGUCAGGGACCUGUUCGAGGGCAUCGUCCGGCAGAUCCGACUGCGCAAAGACAGCAAGGAGGAGAAUGCUCGCCGUAUGGCCAACUGCAAACGACGCGAGAGCAUUGGCAAGAAGGCCAAGCGUUUCCUGGGCCGUAUGGUGGCCCGGAAGAACAAGAAGAUGGCCUUCAGACAGAAGUCCAAGUCCUGCCAUGACCUCUCGGUCCUCUGAGAGUACAGUAUCUGGACUGCUGUUUUCUCUUUGGCCUUCAAGACCAGACGCUGUGUGUUUUUAUCACUAACCCCAAGGACUGUUAGAGUUGUACAGAAAUUAUAUAUUUUAUUAUAUUAAUUAAACACAACAGACAUGUUCAUGUUAAUGAUCUGCAUGAGGUUAAAACAUUUUUGGGUCUGCCUUAUGUAUAUUAAAUCCACCAAGGCUUGUUAUUUUAAACCAUGAGUUGUAAGAUUGCCUUGAUAAUGGGGGACAGUGUGUUUGGUUCUACUCCAUUUAGUGUUGGUAGUGUUGUGUAUAUAGCCCUCAUGAAAUAUUAGAUUAUGGUACACUGUCCUGAAUAGCAAUGGAACUGUAAGCACUAUGAGUGACUCAUUUUUACUUGAAACUGGGUACGCAGGUUCGUACUUUGGCCAUGAUACUGAGCACAUGAAUAAUGUGUAAUGGGGUUUAGGCCAGGUUUUGAAAAAAAAUAUUAUUCUAUUGUCCUUACCUUCAGUCCAGAUGUGAAUGAAGAAAGCAAUAAUAAGUUAUAUUUGUGUGAAUUGAAUGUUUUGCUUUAAAUACAGUUGAUUUGCACUUCCUUUUAAUAUUUAAUAAUUUUGUUAUGUUUACAUUUGAAUUUUUUUAAUAAAAAAAUGAAAUACAA